UGAGAGAUGGAUAAAAUCCUUUAUUAUUAUUUUUUUCCUUUCCAUUUAUUCCAGAAAAACUUUCUCCCUCUCUCUCUCUCUAUAUAAAAAUCCAUUACUUCUUUCAGAACAAAUCUUUAAAAUCAUUUAUUUUAAAAUUCCUCUUUUGUUUGUACAGCACUAGUUAAAUACAUUUAUUAUCAAUUUUCUGCCAACAAAAUACAUUUAUUGUCACUUUUCUGCCAACAAACCACCCCAGGGCACAUUCACAGUUUGGGGAUCCAUCCUGGCCCCUUCCAUCGAUUUUUCCUGCUGGGGGAUGAGCAGGAUGCUGAGGAUGGAGCAAGGCAAUGAGGAAAUGUGGAAUUUUGAAUUGUUUGUGCUCAGACAUUGCUCACAAGGACACCCCAAACCCCAAUUUUACACAACUCCAGAGCACAGAGCUGGAGCAGCUGCAGAUCAGGUGGAAAAACCCAAACAAAACUUGGGAAAACGCCCUUUAAUUCCAUUUUUUUCUCAUCUUGUGUGCGAGAAAAAAGAAAAAAUAAUGCACUUAUUUUGUCGUGACUCUCCAAAAGCCAAAGGAAUUUUGUUGUUUAAAUUCUCCGCAUGGAUUGGGCCGGGAAAAGGCGGCUCCACGUGGGAAUGGAGGGAACAGCUCUGCCUCCGAGGGUUGUUGCUGUCCCAAACCCUGACCUCACUCUGCACAUGGAUUUAUUUCUGCUCCUUUUCCCAACCAUCAGCUGGGGAGACAAAAGAAUAGCGGGAAUACAGCUUUUCCUGAGGCUGAAAAUCCCAUUUUCUGGUAAAAAAAAAAAGGGAAAAAAUUCCAAGAAAAACUCGUGCAAGAUGAAGCAACGACUUCCUUUUGCCACAGCCAGGAGUGGUGGAUGAGAGAAUCCACAAAAUGAGGGGGAAAAUGCUGGAAAACCACGGAAAUUCCCAGAAUUUUCAUGAAAAUUCCAACUGUUGCUCCAAAACCUGGGAAGUCCUGCCUGGAGAUGAGACAGGAACUCCCCUGCUUGGGGUUUUUUUAUGGAUGGGGAAUCCAGGGGGUUUCUGUCCUGCUAAACUCAGCCUAAAAGGGCUGGAAUGUUAUGGCAGAGGUGGAAAAGAGGGAUUUAACUCCAGGAUUUAAUCCCUGCCAGCCUCCAGCUCCGUUUUUUUCCCAGGAGAUCUGAGCUCGGGGCGGCACCAAAUAUUUACACUCGACCUGGGAACCAAAAAUCCACAAAAUCCUUGGGAUAAGAGGGGUGACCUGGAAUUGGGGCUGUCGGGGCUGAUGAAUAACAGCGUCUCCCCUUUUGGGGGGAUUGGAACCCUUUGGAAUUCUCUGGAAUGAUUGCGUGGGUUUGAUGCAAAGGUGAUUCCAGAGGGGAAAAAAUCCUGGAAAAUCUGGCCAAAAUUCCUUGGAAAAGCUGGAAUUCUAAAGAAAGGAAUGUCCAGCUCCGUAAAAAAGUUUAGGAGGGAAGAAAUUCCUGUUUUUUCUGGGUUUGGGGCAUUGUCCAAUGUUGGGAAUUCUCUCACAAGGUCAAAACCCUAAAAACCCUCCCAAAAAAGGGGAAAAGGGAAAGGAUAAACAGGAGCCCCCAGGGCCUUCUCCUGCUCCUGGGAAUGCUGUCCUGGCUCCGUGAGCUUCUCCCCAGCAGUUUUUGCCUUGACCUUCAGCAGGAAUUUCGGAUCUGCUGGCCCAGCAUGUCCAGUGCUCCCAGUGGGAACAGGGGACGGCUCAGGUGGGCACCCAGCACCCCUGGGAGUUUAUCCCCACUCUCAGGGCAUGGGAAUGGGAAAAUCCAGCAGGAAAAUUGCACCAAGACAGGUCAGGGAUGCCCUGGGUGGUGCUUGGCGGGUUCCUGGCCUGAUCCUGCUCCUCUGGAUUCACCAGCACUCCUCGCCCCAGGCACCUGAAGGAGCCGUGUCCAAUUCCUGACAGGAGCCCUGGGAAGGGCAGCUCCGAUCCCAAGGAAAUUCCUUUGUGAGGGAAUUCAGCCCCAGCUGCAGGAGCCGGGGAUGGGGACCAGGAAAACCCCAAAUGCGUCACUGGGGGCUGCUCCUGCUCUUCCCCAUCCACUGGAAUCAAUUAGAGAACAAUUUGGGCUGGAAAUCCCGGGAAGGGAGCGGAGCAGGGAUGGGCAAACCUCAAACAAUGCAGACGUCUGGAGCCUCGGCUGGGCCAGAGCUCUGCUGGCACCGGGAGCGGCCGCCCCGAGGAGCUCCUGCGGCUCCUCAUUUUCCCUCCCACUGCGCAUUUUCCAAGGAUUGUGGAAGGAAUGGGGGGAAACAGCCCCACGGAGAGCUGGAGCCUGGAGCAAAGUGCCAGGCCUGAGCUCAGGUGCUAGUCCCAAUCCCAGAUGCCAAUCCCAGGUGCCAGUCCCAGGUACCAAUCCCAGGUGCCAAUCCCGAUCCCAGAUGCCAAUCCCAGCACUGACCAGCUCCAGAGGGGAACAGCCCCACACAGAGCUGGACUCCAGAGCAAAGUGCCAAUCCCUGGUGCCAGUCCCAGUCCCAGGUGCCAGUCCCAAUCCCAGAUGCCAAUCCCAGGUGCCAGUCCCAGGUGCCAGUCCCAGUCCCAGGUGCCAGUCCCAGGUGCCAGUCCCAAUCCUAGGUGCCAGUCCCAGGUACCAAUCUCAAAUCCCAGGUGCCAAUCCUGAGCUCAGAUGCCAGUCCCAGCACUGGCCAGCUCCAGGGGGGGACAGCCCCACAAAGAGCUGGACUCUGGAGCAAAGGGCCAGUCCAAGUGCCAGUCCCAGGUGCCAGUCCCAGUCCCAAGUGCCAGUCCCAGGUGCCAGUCCCAGUCCCAAGUGCCAGUCCCAGGUGCCAGUCCCAGUCCCAGGUACCAAUCCCAAUUCCAGGUGCCAGUCCCAGCUCCAGGAGCCCCAGCCCCACCCAGAGAGAGCCGAUCCAGGCAGAUCCAGGCUCACGGUGUGAAUCCACAGGGCAGGGGCUCCGUGCACUGCUCAGCCCUCCCAGCCCCUGCGGGAGCAAUGGAACAGGGAUGGAUUUGUCCCCCCAAAUGUCCGGAGAGGGAAACUCCCCCCGGAGCAGCCCCGGGCAGGCAGAAAAGCUCGGUGAGCAUCGAUCCGAGCAGGGCCGGUCCUGCCUGGGCACGGGGAGGGCUUUGGGGCACGCUGCUAUUUCUGGUGCCCGCAGCUGAGCCGUGGGAGGUUUGGCACCUCUCCCCUCCGCUCCGGGCACCAACGCGGGCGUGAGCAGCGCUCUGUGCCGGGCAGGGAGGGCUGGAGCCCCGCGGAGGGGGCAGAUGUGUCCCCAGAGCCCUCCGGGGGCCUGUCCUGCACCUUGGGGUGCUGGGGAAGGGGCUGGGGGGUCCCUCCGUGCCUGGGGGGGCUCCAGAGCCGAUCCCUGCCCGGUCCCACCCGCGGGACCCUCCCGGGGGCUCAGGACACCCCAGCCCGCGGAACUCGGGACACGCUGGGGGAAGCCAGGGGUGGAUUCGGGCUGCUCCAGCCUCGGCCGGAUUCGGGUACCGAAACAGGGAGGGGAAAGGGGGGUCUGCAGAAAGAGGUGGGGGAAAUACAGGGGGGGCUGCGCUGGUUCCUGUGCCCCGGGUGUGCCCCAGGUGUGCCCCAGGUGUGCCCCGGGUGUGCCCCAGGUGUGCCCCGGGUGUGCCCCAGGUGUGCCCCGGGUGUGCUCCCAGUGCCAGCCUGGGCCGUGCCCACCACUCCUAACCCGGGCUCCCCAAGAACCAGGGCCUGCAGGGCUGCAUGUCUGAGCAAAGGUGCAUUUCCAGCAAGUCCUGCCGGGGCUGAACCCCGCAAAUCCCACCCUGUGCCCCCCAAAUCCCAC